UCCAUUUAUUGUACUGUACGGUGUUAUCCACAACAAAGCACAUUGGUGUUGGCUGGUGAAAAAAUCGAAGAUUCGAUUAUAAAAGUCGAUUAUAGUGCUGAAAAAACUGGUGAAAAGAAGUUCCAACGAUGGAUUACGAAGAAUUGACCGUGGUUGAGGAGCAGAAUCAACCGGAGAGAAAGGAAAGCGGCAAGCGGGGACGUAAACCAGGCCGCAAGGCGUCAACUGAGAAGAUCGAUAUGAAGGCAAAGUUAGAACGCAGCAGACAAAGUGCACGGGAAUGCAGAGCGCGUAAGAAGCUGCGCUACCAGUAUCUGGAGGAACUGGUCAGCGACCGGGAGAAGGCCGUCUUCGAGUUGCGCCGCGAGCUGGAGAAGCUCCACUACUGGGCACUGGAGGUGGAUGCCGGCCGUUUUCCCGAGGGCCUGCAGGAACUGCUCGAGGAGCUCGGCGCCCUGAAGCAGGAGUAAAUUGGCAGCCACUCGUUGUUCCCCGUCGUGGUUCUUGAUGAAUUUGGGAGGCUUUAAUUUCAUCGUAUCAGUUGUUCGAUAGAUUGAGUUCCCUCCGUUAGUGCACUUUAGUAGUAGUAUUUACUAUUUAUUUGGUUUGAACGAGAUUGGUUCUUUUUUCGAUUAAGACGUUCCUUAUUCGCGUUAUAUCGGCGUUAUUUUUUUUAGAAAUUGCGUUAGUUAUGAUUAGUUUAACAUUAAAUCUUAUACUUUUAUAGUUUCGGUUUUUCGAUAUUUUAAAAUUUCUCAAAAAUGUCUACAAAAAAUAACAAAAAACAAACGUAAAAUAACUAAAAAAUAACUAAACAUAUGAAAGAGUAAACGAACAUGGCUUAAGUCUAAAGAAAAGUUACCUCAAAUACCGAUAAGCUUAAGUACAACUAGGUGUUGAAAUUGUGAACAGAGUAAAAAUUGGAUGUACAUAAUCUAUUUCGAUCACCACAAAUACAGUGAUUCAUGCAAUUAGUACACCGCAGAUCCUGCGGGAACACUGAUCCACCCGUAGUGAGUAGAUCCACAAUAAGAGUUCGUCAUUCGACUGUCCUGAUAUAACUCCACUGAGUAGAUUGGAACUCAUACAAGUUCAAUAAAAUAAUUGUUUCCAUUGAAUAAACUGCACAGAUAUAAAUUUCGCUUAAUAGUUGACUUGUUGCAAAGUUCCGGGCGGCAUAUUAAUUGAAAUGACUAUUUUUGUACUACAGAUUUUAAAGGAUACCAAUAAAACUAUCAGCAUGGAAAAAGGA